AUUGUGAACCCAGACUACGGAGUGCCAAUAGGCUGCGGCACAUUUAUACGGCCAAAGGCACGCUGGGUGACGGUGGCAGAGCGUAUGAGAUUGAGCGACAUCGGCCAGGCAAACGACACGUCUCAUUCUCGGGAAGUGCAAUUAUGGGUAGAUGGGCAACUCGGCAUAAACGUUGACGGCCUCAUCCUUCGCGAGACCGCAGAUUCACGGACCAAGGGCAUACACUUCUCGACGUCCUUUGGAGGU